AUGGCCCUCGACAUCCCCGAAGUCAAGAUCCUCCUCCUCGGCGACGCAGAAGUUGGUAAGUCGACCUUCCUCUCCCGUCUCACCCUCGGCGCCCACUCCCACGGCGGCGAUGACCUGCCACCCUACGUCCUCCCCGCCCUCCGCGACCUAGACCAGCCCUUCACCUUCGACAUCCGCAUGUACAACCGGCCCUACCGCUUCCUCUUCUAUGACACCGCGUCGCCGGAGAACUACACGCUCCUCCGCCCCGACUUCCUGAUCCUCUGCUUCGACAUCACGCGCCGCGAGACGCUGUUCGCCCUCUCCUCGCACUGGAAGAAGUUGGUCGAAGGACACUUCAACUACGAUGAGGCACUGCCGGUCAUGGUAUUGGGUCUGAAGCGGGACUUGAGGAGGGAGUGGAGCGAGGAAGAGAGGGUCAAUAGGGGAGGCAGUGUUAUGCCGCAGGAGGGGCUGAGAGUUGCGCAGGAGAUGAGGUGUGAUCGCUAUGCGGAGUGUAGCGCGUUGACGGGGAAGCUGUGCAGGGAGGUGCUUGAGGAUGUGGCGAAGACGGCGGCGAGGACGACGACGGAGAAAGGGGCGAAGAGUGACGGCACCGCAUGCUCUGUUAUGUGA